GAGAGAGAGAUAGAGAGAGAAAAGGGAUAUAAAGGGCAAAGGAGAGGAAAGUCUUGAAAUGGAGUCCACCACUACCAGAUAGAUUCGUGUGAAGGAAAAGCUACCCAGUUGAAAUUUUCUAGGGUUUCUUGAGAAUCGGAUUGUAGAUUGUAAAUGGCGAUCACUCCUUCUGAACGGCUUGCCAUUAGUCCUAGUCCAAUCACUCCAGCUUCUAGGGUUUUAAGGACUCCUCUGAGUGAUGAAGUGAUCUGGAAGCGUCUUCGAGAAUCGGGUUUUGACGAGGAGUCUAUCAAGAGAAGGGACAAAGCUGCUCUAAUUUCCUACAUAGCUAAGCUCGAAGCUGAGGUUUAUGACCUACAACACCAUAUGGGUCUUCUUAUUAUGGAAAAAAAGGAGUGGGGUUUCAAAUAUGAGCAGACGAAAGCGUUGGCAGAUUCAGCUGAAUUGAUGCAUACACAGGAUCAAGCAGCCCUUGCAUUUGCGUCGGCUGAAGCGCAACGACGAGAGGAGAAUCUAAAGAAACUUCUUGAGGUUGAGAAAGAGUGUGUUGCAAGUAUUGAGAAGGCAUUGCGUGAGAUGCGUGCUGAAUGUGCUGAAACAAAAAUUGCUUCUGAGAUAAAAUUGGCUGAAGCAAAACUGAUGGAGGAUGCCCAAAAGAAGUCUGUUGAAGCAGAAACGAAAUUACGCUCCGCUGAAUCUAUGGAAGCUGAAGCUAGCAGAUACCAUCGAGCUGCAGAGAGGAAGUUGCAUGAAGUUGAAGCACGUGAAGAUGAUAUUAGGAGACGCAAUGAAUCAUUUAAGUCAGAUUGUGAUGCCAAAGAGAAAGCUAUCCUGGACGAAAGGAAGGGUUUAUAUGAAAAGCAAAAAAAGCUGCAGCAAUCUCAAGAAGAAGUACUUGAUGCACAAACACUAUUGAACCAACGAGAGGAGCUCUUAUUCAGAAGAACUGAAGAAUUAAAUCGUAAGAGAAAGCUUAGAGGCUUCUAAAGAAAAAAUUGAUGGAGAAUAAGAGGUUUGAAGGAAGAAAAAAGUAUACUAGAGAUAUAUGCAGUCUCUUUGAAAGAAAGGGAGAAGGAUGUUGAAAGAAUGAAACACUUACUGGAUAAAAGAGAAGAAGACAUAAAGAUUCUACAGCAGAAACUAGAAAGGAAGGAAUAUGAUGGACUUGAUAAAGCUAUGGCUGACAAUGAAGCUUCUUUGAAAGCUAGAAGGUAUGAAUUUGAAGCAGAGAUGGAAUUGAAGCGUAAACUUGUAGAAGAUAAAUUGGAAGCUAAGAGACGAGCUUGGGAAUUAAGGAAGGUGGAUCUUAAACAAAGGGAGGAUCUGAUCCUGGAAAAAGAACAUGACUUGGGUGUCCAGUCUAGGGUUCUGGUAGAAAAGGAAAAUGAUUUCAGAGAGAGGAUGUGUAUGCUUGAAGAGAAAGAGAAAAAUGUCAUAAUUGCUGAAAGAGAUACUGAAUUCAACAAAACUUUGCUAAAAGAGAAAGACGAGAUCAGCAAAUUGCAGCUUUCCCUUCAGUAUUCCAUAGAUAUGCUGGAAGAGAAAAAGAAAGAACUCGCCAAUACUGAAGAGAUAGAAGCCAUGAGAAGAGAGACAGAUGAAUUGAUGCUAUUGGAAAUGCGACUUAAAGAGGAAAUUGACAUGAUCAGAACCCAGAACCAAGGCCUUGAGAUCCAGUCAGAUGAAUUAAAAGCUGAGAAGGCAAAAUUUGAAGUUGAGUGGGAGUCGAUUGACGAGAAAAGAGCAGAACUCAAGAAGGAAGAAGAACGUAUUGCUGAAGAGAAAACUGCCAUAUUUAAAUUUCUCAAGGAUGAGCGUGACAACUUAAAAGUUGAGAAGGAUGCAAUGCGAGAUCAGUACAAACAAGAUCUUGAAUCCCUUUCUCAUGAUCGGAUCUUCUUGCAUGAAAUUGAGCAUGAACGUUCAGAGUGGUUCACUAAAUUACAGAAAGAACGUGCAGAUAUUUUACAAGAUAUUGAGAUUCGGAAGAGGGAGCUUGAAAAUUCUGUUAAUAAUAAGCGUGAAGAAAUGGUAAGUUGCCUAAAGGAAGAGGAAAGACUCUUUGAGGAAGAAAAGAAGAAAGAACUUGGCAAUAUUUCUAUGCUUCGAGAGAAGGUAAUGGUGGAAAUGGAGCAGGUUAAGUCAGAACUGGAAAAACUUGCCACACAGAGAGUGGAGAUCAGUUUGGACCGUGAACAGAGAGAAAUAGAAUGGGCAGAGCUAAAUAAUUCUAUCGAGGAACUUAAGGCACAACAAAGAAAAUUAGAGAAACAGAGGGAGUUAUUGCAUACAGAUAGGGAAGAGAUUCUUUCUCAGAUUGAGCAAAUGAAAACUUUGGAGGACUUGAAAGCUCUCCCCGACAAGAUUUAUGUUCCUAAGCUCGGAAUAUCAUGUCAAACAAGAAUACAGUUUCUUCAAGACAAUUUCUGAAACCGCAACCAACUGUUGUAGAUGAAAGAUUAGGCAGCAAUGGAAAGAAGCAUGAUGUUGAGACUCCUAGUCCUAGUUCUACUCCUUUGUCAUGGCUUAAGAGAUGUGCAGAUACACUGUUGGAUCGAACACCAAGUAACAAGAAAAGUAAAACUCUUAAGGAUGUCAUACUGACACCAUCUGAAAGAAACCGCUCUUAUCAGUGCACCAUCAAGAAAUGGACAGGGAGAUAAUCAUGUGGGGAUGACUACCAAUCAGAUGGUAGGUAGCACUAAAGAGACAACUGUCUAUAUUGAUAAAAUCAUUCGAAUUCAUGAAGUUACAUCAGUGGAGGAAGUAGUUGUUUCCGGGGAUCAGGUCAAAGAGAAGAUCAUAUCUAGAAAGGGUGAGAUGGAGGUGGAUCUUGAUGAGAACGGUUGCAGGGAAAGUCAAGGACAAGCAAGCGGUUGCAGAAGUAAUAAUGUCAAGAUGAAUUGUAUAGCAAUAUGAAUAGUAGAGUUUGUUUCUAUGAAUUUGUUCGAUAGUAGAGUAGUGAGCUUUGAAUGCGUGGAACCAGUGUUGAACAUUGAGAGACUUUUGGAGUUCAUCUUUGUUGGCAGCAAGUUAUGUACAGGAGGAAGGGAUUGAUUUGUACAUUGAUUUGGUUCUCUUUCUUUGUGGAAGUGUAGGUAUUAUUAGGUGGCCUUAUUUUUUUAAGGAUCUUUGCCUUCACUUUCUUGGUUUUUUUUGGUUGUUUCUGAUCUUUUGGUGUUUGGGGAUUCUAAUGGUUUGUCUAUGUGGGUUGUUGGUUUCUUGGGCUUAAAUCUGUUUGCCACAAUUUUAGUAGGUGUUUUCUUUGACCUGAUUAGUUGUGCUGGGAUUCUCUG